CUUUGAAUCUCUGACAGCUCCAACCCCGUCCCCCCCAAACUGAACUGAGCUCUCUCUCACUGUAAGAAAAGAGGGAAGAGAGAGAGACAGAGACAGAGAACAGCAGGAGAAAAAAAAUAAAUAAAUUCAAAAUCUGGUAUGAGACAGGCUAGUUUAAGAAAACCAUCAAGAAAGAGAGAAAGAAAGAACAAUCUUUCUCUCUUUCUUUUCUUUUCUUUGUAGUGGAUUGGAUUGGUUAUUGCAAAUAGAAAAAGAAAGAUUCAAGAAAUCAAGUUAUAAAAAGAUUUGGUGCAAGAACUGAACAUGUCAGGUUAUGUAGGGAUUCUUGUAUCAGAUCCAUGGCUUCAAAACCAGUUUACUCAGGUCGAGCUACGCAGCUUAAAGACUCAUUUUAUGAGCAUGAGAAGAGAAAGCGGGAAGCUGACGCUGAAAGACUUGCCUUCCAGAAUGUCAAGAUUGAAAGUAGUGGGAGAGAAUCUGACUGAGGAAGAGCGUGCUUCUUGUAUCCGAGAUUUGUAUCAGAAUCUUGAUGAUGAGGUUGAUUUUGAGUUCUUUUUGAAGGUAUAUUUGAAACUACAUGCACAUGCAAGUGCAAGAACAGGAACUGUUGCAAAGAACUCAUCUGCAUUUCUUAAAGCUGCCACAACUACAUUACUUCACACAAUAAGUGAAUCUGAAAAGGCAUCUUAUGUUGCUCAUAUCAAUAACUACCUAGCAGGAGAUGAUUUCUUAAAGAAAUACCUGCCAAUUGACCCUUCAACUAAUGAUCUCUUCGAAAUUGCUAAGGAUGGAGUCCUACUUUGCAAACUUAUCAAUGUGGCAGUUCCUGGUACAAUUGAUGAAAGGGCAAUUAAUACAAAGACAGUACUUAAUCCAUGGGAAAGAAAUGAAAACCAUACAUUAUGUCUUAACUCUGCUAAGGCUAUUGGAUGUACUGUAGUUAAUAUUGGUACUCAAGAUUUUAUUGAAGGCAGGCGCCAUCUUAUGCUUGGAUUGAUUUCUCAAAUCAUUAAGAUACAACUCUUGGCGGACCUCAACCUGAAGAAAACACCUCAAUUGGUGGAGCUAGUCGACGACAGUAAGGAUGUGGAAGAGUUGAUGAAUCUACCACCAGAGAAGAUCUUAUUAAGAUGGAUGAAUUUCCAAUUGAAGAAAGCUGGAUACAAGAAAAUUAUCACCAACUUCUCUUCUGAUGUUAAGGAUGCAGAAGCUUAUGCUCAUCUUUUAAAUGUUCUCGCACCUGAGUAUAGUAAUGCAUCAACAUUGACGGUGAAAGACCAUCUAGAAAGAGCAAAGUUAGUUCUUGAGCAUGCAGAUAGAAUGGGCUGCAAGAGAUAUUUAACUGCAAAGGACAUUGUUGAAGGUUCCCCAAAUCUCAACCUUGCCUUUGUUGCGCAUAUUUUCCAGCACAGAAAUGGGUUGUCAACUCAAACUAAACAGAUAUCUUUUCUUGAGACACUACCUGAUGACACACAGAUCUCCAGAGAGGAAAGAGCAUUUCGAUUGUGGAUGAACAGCCUUGGGAAUUCAACCUAUAUCGACAAUGUCUUUGAAGAUCUUAGGAAUGGGUGGAUUCUUCUAGAAACCCUUGACAAGGUGUCACCAGGGAUUGUUAAUUGGAAGAUUGCAAAUAAGCCUCCAAUCAAGCUGCCGUUCAGAAAAGUAGAAAACUGUAAUCAAGUUGUAAAAAUAGGAAAACAGUUAAAGUUUUCCCUGGUUAACAUUGCUGGGAACGACAUCGUGCAAGGAAAUAAAAAAUUGAUAUUAGCUUAUCUGUGGCAGUUGAUGAGAUAUAACAUCCUCCAACUUCUAAGGAACUUAAGAUUCCACUCUCAUGGAAAAGAAAUCACUGAUACUGAUAUUUUACAAUGGGCCAACACCAAGGUUCGCAAUGGAGGCAGCCAGAGUCGCAUGGACAGCUUUAAGGAUAAGAGUUUGUCAGAUGGCAUUUUCUUCCUGGAGCUUCUAAGUGCUGUUCAGCCUAGAGCAGUAAAUUGGGGUCUUGUCACAAAAGGGAUAACUGAUGAGGAGAAAAAGAUGAAUGCCACCUACAUCAUAAGUAUAGCAAGGAAGCUAGGAUGCUCAAUAUUUUUGCUUCCUGAAGACAUAACAGAGGUGAAUCAAAAAAUGAUACUGACAUUGACUGCAAGCAUUAUGUAUUGGUUCUUGAAACAACCAGUUGAAGAUAAAGCAUCAGCUGGAAUUUCAGAUAGUGAGACCAUCUCAAAUUCAACAGUGGAUGAUUCUGCCUCCGAGUCAUCUUUAGAAGAGAAUGGCCAUCUAUAAAAACACUAUAAAACUUACAUAUAAUAAUUUCCUUCAGUUUUUUUUUUUUUAUAUUAUUUUUGGGGCCUCUCUUUAUUCUUUGUUAUGUAAACUUGAUUGCAAAGAUGUCUAUAAUGUAUGAGAUAUAGGAGAUGGAGUGUUUUUAAACCGAAUUUUGCUAAGUAAAUGCAUGUGCGAGUAGGGUUUUCCUUUUCAUUUGUUGUAAUAAGAUAGAAAAUUCUGUUUAUGUAA